AUGCAUCGAGAAUGUCGGCACUUCCUGCUCUUCGUGGCUCUGCUGCUGCUGGAUGUCGACAAAUGGACGGACCAGAUCGUGCCUGGUGGGGAUCUGACGGAUGGGAAGCUAUCGAGGGGCGUGCUGCUGUGUUCAGCAGGCAUCAUUGCUAAGAGCGACCUCACUAUGUGUGUGGCUGAUGGGGUGGUUGCUGGUACGGAUGCUGCUGAUUUGGGGGUUGCUGGUGGGGAAGCUGCUGCUAUUACCGCGGCUGGAGGAGUGGGAGAGGGAGGAGGAGUGGGAGAGGGAGGAGGAUUGGGGUACAGUGCAGCAGGAACAGUGCCUGGGGGGGAUUGGGGAGGGGGGGAGCAGCAGCAGCCGAGUUACAUACCGGAAGGGGCCAAGUCGGUCAAGUGCAGGAAGAAGAUCGUCAUAUCACUUGCUGUCUCCAACGGGCAUACGCUAGGCACGGAGGCAAUAGAGGCAGUGCUGACUCGCGUCACUGACAGCACCAGCGCUGCUGACCCUGUGAAGAUCACUGUGGUGAAGACACCGGUCUAUGCCGUGUACCCUCUCACGUUCCUGCAGUCCUUCAACGGCCGCCCGUAUGAGGUGGUGGUGACUACAACGGGGUGCAGGGACGGAGCGUAUGACAGCGAUCCCACGUGCGGCUGGUUCCUAUACCCUGACGGCUCCAGAGUUCCCAACAGCCAGGGGUUCUGCUGCAGUUGCAGUGGGGGUGACACGUGGAAAGACUCCAUUGGUCUGGACAAUCCUCAACAGUUCAGGGCGGACCUAGACUGCAGCCUGUGGCGGCAGAAGCUGUUCUUUGGAGGAGUGCCCUCCAGUUCUCACUGCCUUCGAUUCAACGACACCUGGUACCCCACAUACCGCAUUGGUGUGGCGUCUCUGGUGUUCCAGAUUCAGAUCACCAUCAGCAAAUUGUUAUCAGACACGCCCGAGCAGGAAACGCUCAUCCUCUCCCCGACGGCUCCAGUGGCAGUGAACCCCUCUCAAUCGCUCUCAGCCACUCUGGUGGGCGACUUCCUGACCUACACGCAGCUGCCCAGCCUGAGUGACCGCCUGCUCUCCGUGCCCCUGCAACCCGGCUCUCCUACGUUCGGUCGAUUCACCUCUGAUACAUCAGGCUGGCUGCUAGUGGACAAGGAACGCUACUCGCUGGACGGCAGUGAGUGCAACAAGGUGGGCACCAGCUUCAACGCCUUCCGCUUUCAGCCCGACCGCUGCCAGCGCUCCGUGGGGUCUUGCUUCUCGAAUCAGCUGCUGGACUUCGCCCAGGAGGACGCCCAGCGAGUGGCUCAAGGCCUUGACCCCAUCCACGCGCUGUUGUCGCUUGGACCCAUCACCACCCUGGAAAGCCCCAACGGCUCUCUCAGUAUCGCCCUGGUCGUGACUCAGCGACUCAACUCCCUGAUCACUCUCGAGAUUGCUGCUGAUGACGUCACCUUCAUCAAGAACAGGAGCCCCGGUCGCAUACUGUCGGUGGCUGCGCCGCUGUUUGAAGCCAUGUCCAGCGAGGGGCGGGUGAACAUCAAGAUCGCCAACAACGGCUCCCUCGAUGCGGAUUUCACCCUCACGAUUCAGAAUUGCUCCUCUGGCGUUCUUCCAAUCCCCGCACAGGAGCGCAGCAUAGCAGCAGGAGCAACAACCAACUUCACCUUUCUGCUGCAGCUGCAGGAUUCCCUUGCUUCCCAGCGCUCGUGCCUUGUGGUCCUAUACGACGCCAUCUCAGUGGUCGCUGACGUGGCGCCCCUCACAUUCACCACGAAUGCCACGUCCUUCGGCCAUCCAUUGUGCAUCCUCGACAUCUGCACCGUCCACGUCAUCACAAUCAAUACCCGUGCCAUCGACAUAGACGGCACCACCACCAUCGUCGUCAUCAUCUAA